AUGGCCGGCUUCUCAGCCUGGUUCUGGAACGAGCGCUUCUGGCUCCCUCACAACGUCACCUGGGCCGACCUGAAGAAUACCGAUGGCGCCGAAUACCCUCAGGCCAGCGACUUGCACUUCGCUUUCCCGCUGGCGAUCGGCAUCUUCUUCGUCCGCUUGGCGUUCGAGAGGUUUCUUGCCAAACCAUGUGCCGUGAGUCUUCGAAUUCAAGCAAAUGGACCACGCAGAGCACAGCCCAAUGCUAUUCUAGAGAAAGUCUUUACAUCAAUUACAAAGUCUCCUGAUGAGAAAAGGCUGGAGGGUCUGUCCAAGCAGCUCGACUGGGAUAUCCGCAAAAUUCAGCGCUGGUUUCGGCAUCGGAGAAACGAAGAUAAACCCAGCACGCUCACAAAAUUCUGUGAGAGCAUGUGGAGACUUGCAUUUUAUUUCUAUAUAUUCUUCUAUGGAGUGAGAUUUCUAUGGAAGGCUCCCUGGUUCUGGGACACACGGCAUUGCUGGUACAACUACCCAUAUCAGCAACUGGAAUUUGACAUGUAUUAUUAUUACAUAAUGGAGCUGUCAUUCUACUGGUCGCUGAUGUUUUCACAGUUUACAGAUAUUAAAAGAAAGGAUUUCCUCAUUAUGUUUCUUCAUCACCUUGCAACGGUCGGAUUGAUCACAUUUUCUUAUGUCAACAACAUGGUGCGAGUUGGAACACUCGUCAUGUGCCUUCACGACGCAUCUGAUUUCCUUUUAGAGGCUGCUAAAUUAGCCAAUUACGCCAAGUUUCAAAGACUUUGCGACUCAUUAUUUGUGAUGUUUGGUUUUGUCUUCGUCAGCAGUAGGCUUGGCAUUUACCCAUUCUGGAUUUUAAAUACAACACUCUUUGAAAGUUGGGAGAUCAUUGGGCCAUACCCCUCCUGGUGGGUCUUCAACGUGCUGUUGCUGCUACUACAGGUUCUACACGCCAUUUGGUCAUAUCUCAUUCUACGCAUUGCAUACAAGGCUGUCGUUAAGGGAAAGGUCUCCAAGGACGAUCGCAGUGACAUUGAGAGCAGCUCCGAUGAGGAGGACGCCUUGACCAAUGGCACAAAGCUUCACCACCACAGCCCUUUCAAAGGAACCACCAAUGCAAAUGGGACCAACGGGCAUCUAACCACUGGAACAUGGGUGGGAGACCAUUACAUGGCGUCCUCACGGACUAUGUGUAACGUGGGUGAGGUACAGAAAGGACAACCUUGAUGGAAAACUUCCCAGCACUGGACAUUUUUAUUUUUAAAAGAUAGAUAUAUAAAGAACAGUAUGUUGCUGCAUGGGAUCUGAGCCCACCUGUCUGCUCGGUAACGUACACCUGCAAGGUGCCCAGUCAUUUUGAAAUCUUGCGUUGUUUUUGCUUUAGCAAUAUGAGAAAUUGAAGUGCAGCUUUAAAUGAGAAGGGUGGGGGUGGGUGCUGUGAAUACGCCUGGCCCCUCUUUCCUCCCCCAUUUAACCACCUGCACAGCUUUCAAUGGGUAUUGUGCAAUUUGUCGAAUUGCUAAAGGUUGAGUUUACAUUUCAGGCCGGUGUUAUUGUCAUUAUAUUUUUGCAAUUAUUUUGGAUUUGGGGAGGGGGGGACGGAGGGAAAAUAAGCAAAACGAAAGACCCAAGUUGAACUGUGGGGAUUGUGUGAUCAGUUGCGGGUGGUGGGCAUUGAAUGAAGUGGAGUGGUAAUGCAAGGAAUAUUGGGCAGAGUGGCAUCAUUGGUUGGUGUCUGAACACUUGCCAACCCUGGCAUGGGUAUUUUUUAUAGAAAAGAAUAGAGUUGUUUGCUAAAUCUAAAAAAUCAGGAGUUCAUGGGCAAGGGUCCAAAUGGUCACUUUUGUAGUCAUUCCACUGUUGACUAAAUGUUGAAACAGGUGCAUGAGUGUGUCUCGAGGAGAAGCCUGGAAACGGUAUAUGAGCAGAGGAAAUGUCUUUGCUCACUUCUACAUGGAGUGGCCGGUUAACUCACUUCAGUUUGAUGCAGUCUUGUACUAUGUGGUUUGCAGAGCAGAAGGAGACUAUAACGUUGGCCACUCUGGGUGCUCUUCAUUGGCUCCAUGGCACAUUUAAGGCUGGCAUUGCCGGUGCUACCAGUGGAUUGAAGCUUUGACAAAUUUUCACGGACAAUUUUUUUCUACUUCUAGAGACAAUUCUCUGAAGUAAAAGAUUUAAUGUACUUUUUAUUGCUUUCUCUUUCCCCUCCACCCAUUCCUGCUCCCCAGAGUGAUGGUUUAACUUUUUUACGUUUUACGGCCUCUUGUUGCUUCAUUGCUCUGGAGAACUCUAGAUUUAAAAACAAUUUUAAUUACCUUGCAAAAAGCAAUCCACCCAACUGAAUUUGAUUUAUUUUCAAUUUUAAAGGUGUGUUAGAAGGUGCUUUAAUCUGAUGCUGGUCUUGCUGAACUCCUGGUGUACAAGAUUGCUUUUUAAACUUUUCCACAUUUCCCUGCAGUAACUGUUCAGGUGUCUCACUCAAUGUUGAUUAUGUUAAGCUAGAGUUUGUGUGAUAACUCUUCCAAAAUACUUUGCAAGUUGCAGCAUUUGUCUUUUUAAACUUAACUUGAAAGAAGACCCUCCUUGCACUGUGGUUUCAGCUGUGCCAAAUGCCUCUUCAAAGGAAAAAAGAUGAUCAUUUUCAGCAGUGGUACGAACAAAGUUCUGGUGACUAAGCUGGCUGGGCGCCGUGUAAAUACAGAAUUGGGGGAAAUUUGAAGAUAGUUAAGUGAACCUGAUUAUUUUUUUUAAAUGAAGACUGAAAUUGUAUUGAUGUAAUACAAAUACACAAUGCAAUAGAGUUUUUUAAUUCCACAUCGGGCUCUGGAAGUUGAGAAGCGAUUUUUGAUAUCUUCACAACUGAUGCUGGGUGUCACACCUCGCCAAGUCUAUGGACAGGUCUAAAUUAAAUUAAGAUGGCAGUCUAGCGAAAAAGAGGCAUCUGUCUGAAUAUAAUUUCUUGUAAACUGCUGUCCAUACAAGGAUCCACCUCCCACCCACGUGAAAAGUGGAACCUUGACCCCCAGCCAGCCUGCACUUGAAGCCUUUGCUGACUGUGCCAUCCUGCUCCCCUUGUCAUUGACUGCGGUGAGAUGCGCCAGCUUUGCUUGUCCUCCGAGGCCUGACCUCUGACAGUAACUGGUGUUGUUCCCUGAUCGGUGGUCUGUUAGCCGCAGGCCCUGCUAACACCGAUUUGGCUAUUCGAUUGGUUGUGUGUUUAUUGGGGAUUUUUUAAAUGAUGUGCGUUAAAAUAUUGAUCUGCCCAGAACACAGUUUCUGCAGCAGUGAUGAGUUUGUGUUUUGGGGAAAAUAGAAAAUGUCAUUUGUAAAUGGGUUGUGCUGUAUUUCUAACCAGCCAGCCCAAGCUCUGUCUGAUUAGGAUGUGAACUGAUUUGUGUUGCUUUCUGCAGUUUGAACUCUAGCAAGGACCCUAAUGUGGAAUGACCAUAAGGGUGUCAGUUUGGACUCUUUAUCUGUAGCAAAAACCCCACAGUUUUUUUCAGUGCAAUUUGACCUGCAAACAAUUGCUGGAAUCUGCCCAAAAUUCUUUCAAAGUGGUUUUAUUCUCGCUGAUCAACAUCCAAAGGAUUGUGAGAGAUGCCUUAAAACCAUGUAGCCCUUGGCCAGAAGCUGAACUGUUUGCCGGCUUAUCUUGCUGAGGCAGAACUUUAAUAAUAAGUGUCUUCAGGACAGGGCUGUUUAAAGUCCACUGUAUAAGCCACCUUUUAUAAACUACAGGAUUGCGUUUGUUUUGUUUGGUAUUUUAGCAAUCACAAUCGCAAAUAACACUGAUUUAAAAACAAAAACAAAAAAAAAUCUUCAUUGUGGGGUAUAAAAUGAAUAGGAUUUUUUUUUUAGUUACUCUUCUGCAAUUGCCCUUCCCUUUUGGAUUUAUGGAGGAAGCUGUGUGCUGUGCCCAUAGCAUCUUGCUCCGGUGAUUGUGUGGAAACCCUAAACUCUGGUUUAUCUUCAAACUGUUGAUUAAGUGAGACUGCUGGGCCAGUUCAUGGACUACUUAAUGGAGAAAUGGGAGGAAAUUGAAGAUAUUUGAAUUCUGUAAUAAGUUUGUGAGCAUUCUACAUUGUAACCUGGUGAAGAUGACAUUGCCCGCUUUGGAUCAGGUCAAAUUUGCCACUGAGUCUGGAAGAAUCAGGUUCAAGCAGGUUGUCAUAUUGGAUCUUUAAGAGGGAACAUUGUUGUGGGUAGCAUGACCUGUGAAAUUGGUGUAAAGUACUCCCUAUACUAUGUUGUAUUAUCUUGUCUGAGGUCAUACUUGAACCCAUACAGAUGUGGUCUUGAUUUGCCAGUUUUUGUGCACAGCAGCCCCAAUGAGAUGAUUUGUCCCUGCUCCAUUCUGAUGCUGUCUUCUGUCUCUGCUCUGGCCACCCCACUGCUGUGCUCUUGAGCAUGAUCCAUCAGGCACAUUAUUGAGCUGGGCUGGUGGGCUGGCUGCUCCCCGACUAGACACAACCCAAGGAAGGAAGGAAGGCAAAUGGGAGCUAUAGCUCUGUGGGAACUGUUAUUUGGGAGGAUAACGAUAUACUUUUAUUUCCACAAUGCACACCUCACCUGUGCAAGUAUAAUGAGUUUUGUGACUAAAGCAGAUUGAUGUUGUUGAUUAAGUAAUGAGAACAGUUUGAAAAUUUUACAGGAUACUGAAUUAGUGUUUCCUCACUCCUCUUUGAGCACGACACUUGUAAGUGCCGUGAUUGUACGGUUGAAAUACGUUCAUUUUUGCUAUUUUGUGCUAGUUGAUACCAAUGUCUUCCUCCACUGGUUAGCUCAGCCAGGCUGGGGCUCCUCAUUCUUUCUCUUUUGUUUAUGGGGUGAUGGAAUAUUGUAUCACACAGUGGUCAUUGCUCCAGAAAUUCUAUCCAGUCACUUUUUUAGUUCUGACUUUUAUAGUGCCACCCUGUGUCUGCACAGAAACUGAUUCAAAUGUCUGACACCCAUAUUGCUGUGAAUGAAGUGGAUGUUUCUAGAUUACAUUGCCAUGAUGCUAGCUGGGAUGGAGUUAGGACUGAUGGAUCCACUGACUGAGCUGGAGAUUACUAGAAUAAAAGUUUAAAAUUGCAAACUGGAUCUUGUUUUGGAUAAGGUGACUGUGUGGCAAUGCUUACUUUAUUAAACGCAGUUGAUAUCAUUCCCUAGAAUGGAUUGCUUGUUAAUUUUUGUAAUAUUCUACUGGACCAGUCAUGCUGUAACUGAAUUUAAAGUAUGUGAUGUGUAAGAUUUAUCUUGUUAUUGAUGGCUUGUACUAUGUUGACUGCUGUUUCUUGGUAGAUAACUGUGGUUUGGCACUGCAUAUCUUUACAGCAAUUAUGUUAUCCUUGAUUUUUUUUAGCCCUAGGAUUGCCACCACCUCUGACACUGGUUUGGACCCUGCUAAGCUGUAGUGCCUGUGUUCUUUUUUUUUUCAUUGAUUGGAUAAAAAUCAAUAGAAUUAGCUGAUUUUUAUUUACUAGAGCCACUGGCUCCAUUUGUGACCGAUUUUCCCCUGAUGUGUAUCUAAAGUGCAGAAAACGGGAAGAGCUCAGAGUUGAUCAACAAUGUGGGAGCACAAAACCUGACAGAAAAAAAAAAUACCAGGCAUCACACUGCAAGCUCCUGUGUGAAGUGUGUGAAUUGUACAAGUGCCACCCAGCAAAACCUGGAGCCUGCAGGGUUGCUGAGUAAGCAGCACUACCCGCUAAACCAUGCAGGUCUGCUUGGGUCGGGGACGGUGUUAGUUUUUGUUACACUCUGCAUAUUCCCUUGUGGUGUUACGGUUACUGACAGAGGCAAAAGCCGGCUUGUGUCUACCAGGCCUGUUGUGUUGGAUCUGGAAUACUGCCUGAUUUGGUUUGUUCUUGUGUUGAACUGUUAAUCUUCCUAUAGAAUGUUACUUUGCAGCUUUGAUGUGCUUGAUUCAGCCCAAUCCUGCAUUGCGGAUUAAACCGAGUUAUUGAUCAGCCUCGGCCAGGCUGCCACACGAUGGAAGAUUGAGGAGAAUUUAUUUGGCUCUACCCUGCUUCCUGAGCCAAACACCCCAGUGACUAGAUCAGAGUGGCGUUAGCAACGAGAGUGAUUUGGGGAGGGGUGGGGGAGAGUGUAGGCCAACUUUGUUAAUUAAAGUACCGAAAUUGCCUUGCAUUUUGAAUCAAUGCAUCAAAAUUUUUAUCAAUACAGACUCGUGGUUUGCUAGAUGACAAGCUGUGGAUGUGUUGGUGGAGGUAGUUCUUGUUAAUUCAAUGUUUUUUUUACUGGACACAUUGCAAUAAAAAUGUCAUUCAAUAUUUUAAA